CGUCGCGUAUAAUUCGCAAAUGCCACUGCCCCUAAGUCUCCGCAGUGGAACGUAAGGUGUUGAAGUCUCGCACGAUAAUAUCGGAAAUCUCGAUCGACCGACGACUAAGACGACAUCGAUCGUGAUUGACGGUUGGCGGAUGUUGUGCGUACAAUAAAUCGUGUAUAGUUAUCGUAUAGAUCGUAUAGGUGCAUCGCACUUGAACACACGCACACCGGCGUUAUUUUGUGCAUAUAUAUAUAUAUAUAUAUAGAUACAACGAAUGUUAAAUUAUAUAUUAUAUCGAAUGAUACUGUCGUCGUUGUUGUAAUUUUAAGCGUGCGAUUUCGCAGUAUCACGUGUAUUUAUCUCGCGAACGACCGUAAUAACACCAUUAACAAAAAUCAUAAUAUAGUGUACAAAGAUUGACGACGGUGCGAUUUUCAUUUUCUUCGUUGAUCGAUUUCCUCAUCAGCUCGGUGUGGAUCGUGGUAAACUGUUUAAUCCAUGAUCGUACCCCAUCGAUCGCACGAGGCCCGUGGACACGCGAAAAUACAUUUUACUUUACUUUUUUUAUUCUCAUGGUAUUUCCACACAGCCACCGGACGACGGACAAAUGACCAUCUGGUAUACCGGAAAACUCCACCAUUGACCCAAUAGCAACGUAUUAGACGCUUUAACGUACUACGAUAUAGAUACAGCUGUUUCGGCUAAGGGGACUAUGUCUACGGCGUUCCCGGGAGCGACGGCCACUUCAAUGGCUGCGGCGGCAGUGGCCGCGGUCAGCGACAACGGAGGUGACGCCAGCGUGGACCGUCAGCCACCGGACGUGGUGGCCGCGGGCAGUGUCACGGGAAACGUCAGGCACGUGAGCGUACCGCAAAUGGACUCACGUCCGCGUCGCCAGGAAAUUAUGAACAGGCCGUCCAAUAAGGAUCUGAUGUCGUACCAGCAGCGACAGCAGCAUGGCCGGUCAAACAGCGUGACCACAGACAGGGGACACCGGACGUCCGAUCGUCGGUCUCCUGCGGUCUACAGCGGUGUCGGCAGUGGCGGCGGCAGUGGAAACAGUAGUGGUGUUGGUGGUGGUGGUGGCGGCGGCGGGUUGAAGAGCAAAUUGCGUAACUCGUUCAGGUCUACCGCCAAGAGGAUCCGGCAGCAGCAGUCGACCAUCGAUGCGCUGGCCAAGAACAGCCAAAUGCUCGGACUACACAGCCUCCAGGAAAACCCCAGAACCAUGGCUGCGCAAAGGACCGUCGGUCGGGAGGUUACUGGUCAGACAUCAAAAAGACAUCAAAAUCAACCGGGUGCGACGGUGUUGUACUCUUCAUCGGGAAGCGACAAUAGCCUUGGAAGAGAGAGAUCGCCGACUAUUAGCAGUUAUCCAAAAGGAUCUCCUACACAAUGGGCAAGCACUGGCAGCCCAUUAGGCGGUUCUCAAUUUUCGUUGGCAACGCCAAGCACGUGUUGUUGUCAGCACAUGAUCAACAAUUGCAACAAAAUGAUGGAAAAUAAUAAUAAUAUGUGGCAACAAAAUUCGUUCAAACAUAAUAUGGGCAAUAAAUCAGGGCCGAAAAAUUCUAAUGGAGAGCCAUACGAAGACAGUGAUGGUCUAACGUGGAGGAGAUUGCACAUGAGCAGAGCAAAACUCAAAGCUACAGCUACCACGUCUGAAUUACUAUCUGGAUUUGCAAUGGUGGCGAUGGUUGAGCUGCAGAUCAACGAGCCGACCAUGGUGCCGGAAUGGCUGUUCAUUAUGUUCGCGGUGUGCACAACCGUGCUGGUGGCCGUGCACAUAUUCGCACUGAUGAUCAGCACGUACCUGUUGCCGAACGUGGACGCCAUCAGCAAGCUGCAGAGCACCAAACUGAUCCAGGAGUCGCCACACGAGCGCAUGCGUGGCUUCGUCGAACUGGCCUGGGCGUUCUCCACCGUGCUCGGACUGUUCCUUUUCCUGGUCGAGGUAGCCAUUCUGUGUUGGGUCAAAUUCUGGGACCAUUCGUUCCGGGCCGCUAUGGCCGCGACCAUAAUCGUCAUACCGGUACUGGUCAUUUUCGUGUUCUUCGUGUUCCACUUCUACCGGAACCUGGUCGUGUACAAGUGCAAGUCCACCGUGUCCGACAUCAAGGAACUGGAGGCCAUGAAGAAGAAACUGGACGCCGCUGGCAAAACGAACGUCGUCUGA